UCCUCCACCUCGAUCCAUCGGAAUUUCCAGCAAAAUUAAAAAUCAUGGGUGUCCGAGAAACCGACCCUCUGUCCCAAUUGAGUUUGCCGCCGGGAUUCAGGUUCUUCCCCACCGACGAGGAGCUUCUCGUGCAGUACCUUUGCCGGAAAGUCGCCGGCCAUUCUUUCUCUUUGCAGAUCAUCGGAGAUAUCGAUUUGUACAAGUUUGAUCCUUGGGAUCUCCCCAGUAAGGCCGUGUUUGGAGAGAAAGAAUGGUAUUUCUUCAGUCCAAGAGACAGGAAGUACCCAAACGGGUCGCGCCCAAACAGAGUCGCCGGCGCCGGAUACUGGAAGGCAACCGGAACUGAUAAAGUCGUCACCACUCAAGGCAGGAAAGUGGGCAUUAAAAAGGCCCUCGUUUUUUACGUCGGAAAAGCCCCUAAAGGGACCAAAACAAACUGGAUUAUGCACGAAUACAGGCUCUUCGAAUCUCACCCUCCCAGAAACAAUGCCGACUCCUCUAGGUUGGAUGAUUGGGUGCUUUGUCGGAUUUAUAAAAAGAAUUCGAGCGCAGAGAAGGCGUUGUUAAUGUCUGGUGCGCAGAGCAGAGAGUGUAGUAUGGGUUCGUCGUCGCCGCCGUCGUCUUCAUCCCAAUACGACGACGUUUUGGAGUCGUUGCCGGAAAUUGGGGACCGUUCCUUCGAACUUCCGGCGCCGGCGAUGAAUUGUUUGGGGGAUUUCCAGCACUUGGGCUCUGGGAAUUUCGAUUGGCCUACGCUCGCCGGGGCUGAUGCUUAUACUAAUUCGUUGCCGGAAUUCGGACAGCUCCAGUCGCCGGAGAGUAAUGCCGGCGGUGGAAAUGACUGUUAUGCCCCUGCCUCGAAUCGGCUGGAAGAAGAAGUGCAGAGCGGGAUCCGACCUCAGCGCAUGGGCCGACCCGAAUGCGUCGGUGGGUACGGUCAGUGGUUUCCGGGAUCGCUGGACCCGUUUCGUAUUCGGUACCCGAUUCAGCCUGAUGGGUCCGGGUUCAUGCUGUGAAUAGACAGAAUAGUGUAAAAUCUUUGGGGGUGAAUUUGCAAUUAGGUGAAGAUUGAUUUGGGGGCGAUUGUGUAAAUAUAUGUUAUUCUUUGGCUACGUGGCGGCAACCAAACAUUGGAAUGCCAGCUUGCACGUGUUAAUUUGGUUGAUACUGCUUAGGUGUAUUUUGUCAGCAUUAAUUAAUAUAAUAAUUUCAAUAUUAU